AAGGAUCAAAUUGCCAAAAAAAAAAAUAAAAUUGAAAAUCUUACAGAAUUUGGUUUAGCUAAUGAUAUGAUUAUUGAAUCAGAUGAGGAUAAUUCAGAUAAUUAUGAAGAUCAAGAUGAAAUAGAAAAUAAUGAUAGUAUUAAAUAUGAAGUAGAUUCUGAAUAUGAAUCUAAUUUAUUGAUUACAAACUUUUCUAUUCAUGUUGAAUCAGAUCCUAAUGAUAUUUCAUAUUUAUUACUUACUAUGGAUUACUUUGCAACUUUUCCUAAAUCUAAUUAUCAUGUUUCAAAGCUUUUUGGACUAGAUAAAAAUUUUAUAAAAUUUUAUGUAUGUCCAAAGUAUCCUAAGCUUUUUUGGACACAAGAAUAUUUAAGUGAAAUUUGUCAAUCAAAUUGUAUUUGUGAAGCCAAACUCAAAAAGCCUGUUUGUAUAUCUAAAGAAAAAAUAUUAUAUAAAGCUAUUAAAACAUAUCCUUACUAUUCAAUUAUUUUAUAUCUUAAAAAAAUUCUUUUGCUUCCAGAAAUAGAAGAGGUAUUAGAAUCUUUUGGUCUAAUUCCAGAACCUCAUAAACCUUCAAUUACUGAGCUAAUUGUAUAUGAAUUAGAUAAGUUAUGGAGUGGAGUAAUAAUUAAUCUUCAAAAUAUGGUCAACUUUUUCGUGUUUUUAAUACUUCCAAGUGGAAAAGUAAAUUUUUCUGAAUUUAAUCAAGAAUUUUCUCAUUUAAAUAAUGUUGAGCAUAAACAAUUAUUUAAUAAUUGGUUAAAUGCAAAUAAUAGAGAAAAAAAGCAAAUAUUUGACAAAUAUGAAAUUUAA